AUACUUUUCUUGGGCCUUUAUUCAUCUCCAAAUAUCACAUCUCCCAUUAAAAAAAAGACCACCAAUAUUUUAUAGCCACCCCCAUUUCUCCCUCUCCUUUAUUCUCCGGCCUUCUCCACCCACAUUUUUCUCCCCCAAGAAUCAUAACCCCUUAAUUUUUUUCCUACAAUCAAGCUUUGAUCCAUCUUUAUUUGCGUUGAGCGAUUGUUUUGAUUUCGUUCGAAAACAAAAACCAACCGCUCUCGCAGAAAAAAAGAGAUUGAAGAUGGGGGAGGAACAAAAGUGUCACAAAGCCGGUGGAGGACACCGGCUUUGCGCAACAAUUGCGGGUUUUUCGGGAGUAGCACCACCCUUGACAUGUGCUCCAAGUGCUACAAGGAUCAUUGCCUCAAGGAGGCGGCGCACUUUGUCAUGGACGCCGCCGCCGCCGCCGCCGUGGAGGCGGAGGCGAAAAGACGACAACCCACAGAUGGAUCGUCUUUUCCCCUGUCUCUCCCGGCGUCUUCUUCGUCGUCGUUAGGGCGCGAUGAUGCGCCUGAUACGGCGACGGAGGGGCCGGGGGAGACGGUGGCGGCGGCGGCGCCGUGUGGGCCGAUCAGGUGCGGGACCUGCCGGAAGCGGGUGGGGCUGACGGGGUUCACGUGCAGGUGCGGGGUCACGUGCUGCGGGGCCCACAGGUACCCGGAGCGGCAAGGGUGCACGUUUGACUACAGAGCGGCGGGGAGGGAAGAGAUCGCCAGGGCCAACCCGGUUGUCAAGGCGGAGAAGCUUGACCGGAUCUGACGGCGGCGGCGGCGGGAAUUCGGGUGGGGCUGAUCGGACGGCGGAGGAGGCUAAGACGCUAGGUGAUGGUGACGUAUAGGUGGUUGGUUGGUAAUUGGUAUGGGGGGUCUUUGAAUAACUCAUGUUGCCUCAUUAUUGUACGUUGAAAUGUCUUAAGGAGUGAUUAUUAAUGAUAGUGGCUUUUAUACUCCCUCCGUCCCUAAAUAUUUGCCACAUUUAUAUUCCCGAGGUCAUAUUAUGAUCUGGGGCAUCUACGAGACUCAGUUUUGCAUAAUUCUCCAUUGCACACACAAGUCAAUUCCACAGUCCAGUCUCCUUUUUUCUUGGAUCACUUUUUCCGCAGAUUAAUUUAAUUUGGAGCUCAGUGGUUUUAAUUAACUACUAACAUAUAGCAGAAGUUUACUGUGGGGAAGAGAGGAUUGCUGAGGUUUCCCCUAGUACUAUGAUGUUCGUUUUCGGGGACUCCUAUGCCGACACCGGCAACACCCCCAAUGGCUCCGCCGCCUGUUGGACCUCGCCCUACGGAAUCACUUUCCCCGGCAAACCCUCCGGCAGAUUUUCCGACGGCCGUGUUCUUACCGAUUUCAUAGGUCUGGUUCUUGCUCAUUUCAUAUCAUGUCCCUCAAUUUAUAUUGGAUAGCACCCGUUUUUAUGAGAAAGAAAAAAAAUCAAGUACGGAGUAAAGAGUAUACUCCUUAAAAUCUACUCCCUCCAUCUUUCAAAGUUUUUCCAUUAUUGACUUUUUGAAAAAUUUAAGAGAGAUAUUUUUUGUUGAUUUUUCAAAAGUAUUGAUUGAUUAAAACAUGAUGUGAUGGAUUUAGUACUAUUAAAAAAAUAUAAUGUGAUCGGUAGAGUUAGAUUUAGUAGAGCAAAAGUUGUUUUUAAAUAGAAAAUGAAAUGAGUUUGUGGGA